AUGUCGCCCCGAAAUGGCAAGCCAGAGCAAGCCAUCCCUGGGCUGCCAUUCAGGGAGGGGAAGAUCCACCAUCACCAUGUGAGCCAUCAGCUGAGGAGUGGAAUGGCCGAGCACUGGGUGAAUACUCCACUGGGCUGUGAGCUGCCAGGAAUGCCUCCGGACCUGCCGUCAGCUGAGAAGCAGAGACCAGACCAGGCUGAAACAGCUGAGCAUCGCUCAGAGGCGCUCUGCCCAUGCUCAGAGGCCGGCUGGCACAUCCCCUCCCCCGCUGAGCUCCACCCCCCCCCCACCUCCCGAGAAUACCCGAGUACCUUCCCCAACGGAGCCGACAAAAUAGCAGCCCGAGGACCCAGCAGCGGCGAGAGCAACGGCGGCAGCAUGAUGGCUCAGCUCAAGCAGUGGAUUUGGAGACAUGAAUACUGGCUACCUCCAGGAUUAACCUGGGAGGACAUGCAGGAGACAGAGGAUGCCCACUAUCCCCAACCCCAUCACCUCCUGCUCGGCCUCCCCAUCUCUCUCCUGAUGGUCGCCCUCCGGUUCUUCUUCGAAAGGAAGAUCAGCAUCCCCUUGAGCAAAAAACUAAGACUGCAAGAAAAGGUGAGGCGGAAACCUUCUCCAAACCCCAUCCUGGAAGCUUUUUACAGGAAAUGGAGAAAAAAUCCUCAACAGGAAGAAGUCAACAGCUUAGCCAAGCAGUGCGACCUCCAACCGAGGCAAGUAGAAAGGUGGUUCCGAUACCGGCUAAAUCAAGACCGGCCCAGUUUGACCAAGGAAUUCUGUGAAGCCAGCUUGGGAACAAUCUACUAUUUUCUUUCCUUCUUCAUGGGGCUGGUCAUCCUUUACAAUAAACCCUGGUUCUGGGAUAUCCGCGAAUGUUGGGUUGGGUACCCCAAGCAGCCUCUCCAGCCGAGCCUUAUUGGCUACUACCUCAUGCAGUUCUCCUUCUAUUGCUUCUUGGUCAUCUCGCUGCCCUUUGAUGACAGACAGAAGGAUUUUUAUCAGCAUAUUGUUCACCACUUUGUCACCAUCAUCCUCAUCGGUUUGUCAUACUGUCUCAAUUACAUCCGUAUCGGUUCGCUUAUCUUGUUCUUAACUGACUUUUCACAUUGUUUCCUGAUGUCCACAAAGCUGUUUAGCUGCCUGAAAUGGCGGAAAGCAUGUGACACAUCCUUCCUCCUCUUCGCGGCAGUCUUCAUGUUCAUCCAUCUGGUGAUUUUUCCUUCCAAGUACGUUUCAGGAAUUUAUGUAAAAAUGGUGGGGCUUGGAUGGCCCAAUUGCAGUGCCAUCUGGACUUUUUUUUUUUUUGUUGACACUCUGCACACCUCACAGUUUGUCAUUGCUACAAACAAAUAGGAUUAGUGUAUAUAAUAUAGCCCAUCAAACUAAGCCAGAGGUAGGAGGUUACCUCCAAGGCAGGAAACCACCUGGGUUGUAGGAGUAGACAAUGGUGCUUUUAGGAAAAUAAAGGUUGGUGAUUGCAGAAGGGGAAAGGGGGCUCUGAAGAAUUAAACAGUUGCAAAUAGCCAACAAAACAUCUUUUUGGGUAGUCCCUGUUUAGCAACUGCCUCGUUGAGCAACCGUUUGCAGUUACAACGGUGAUGUAAAUGUCUCCUGG